GAGAUCUAAUCUCAACUUUGUUUCCACAACUUUAAAUGUUGGCAGGCACAGCAAAAUAUCUCCAUGGCUGCUGUCGGACUGCAUAUUAUCAGCUUAUUUCCCUGUCCUUAUGUGUUGCAUCAUUAUAAGGCUCUCUACUACGCUUGGGCGAAUCAAACCAAGUGAUCGAUUCAAGGUUUCGCCUAAUGUUGUGUCAUCAAGCCCGUGGAACUUCGGCUGCCAAGAUGAGGUCAGUUUACUUGGCCCCUAGAAAUAGCCACUGACCUCCUUCCUAGCUACUGCAGAUAAAUUUGAAUAUUAAGUUUCAUACAUUAUCCAUUAUAUUAUAAACCUGGAACUCAAAUAUUUAAGUUCGCAUAUACAUUAAGUAAUAACUUUAGGAUUCUGACGUCGAACCAUAUUCUACCAUCUUCAUCUUUCACAUCUAUAUUUCCGUACAAAUACCUAGAGUACCUAAUUACCGCAGCCUCAAUUAACGAACCUAAAGGAGCCCCUAAAGUGAUGACAUAGGAACAUCAUCGCUACUACGAUUACGGCCACCAUGCAGCUCGCCGUAUUUUCAGCCAAACCGUACGACAAGAAGUUCCUCACGAGCAUCCGUUUGACCGAGCUCGACGAGGCUUCCGACAUCGAGAUCGUCUACCACGAGUUUGCCCUAUCCCUCGAAACCGUGUCCCUUGCCAAGGGCGCCUCCGCUAUCUGCGUCUUCGUGAACGACGACCUCGGUGCCGAAGUACUCGAAUCUCUACACGCGAAUGGAGUCCGCGCAAUCCUCUUACGGUGCGCCGGGUACAACAACGUCGAUUUACAGGCUGCUCAACGCCUCUCACUCUUCGUCGCCAACGUCCCUUCAUACUCCCCCGAGGCUGUUGCUGAGUUCGCUGUGGCGCAAAUUCAGACACUAAACCGCAAUACCCACCGCGCUUAUAAUCGUGUUCGCGAAGGUAAUUUCAAUCUCCAAGGUCUCCUAGGGCGGACUCUACAUGGCAAAGCGGUUGGUAUCAUUGGGACAGGGCGCAUCGGAGUGGCGUUCGCGCGCAUCAUGAACGGCUUUGGGUGUCGUCUUUUGGCUUUCGACCUCUACCAGAACGACGAUUUUAAGAAGUACGGAACGUAUACCGACCUGGAUACCCUCCUUUCUGAAAGCGAUAUCGUCAGUCUACACUGCCCACUGACGGACACCACACGGCACAUCAUAAACGACGAGACCCUAUCUAAGAUGAAAAUGGGGGCUAUGCUGGUGAAUACCUCGCGGGGCGGUCUUAUUAAGACGAAGGCCGUCAUCGCGGCCCUAAAGAGCAAGCAUUUAGGUGGACUUGCGUUAGAUGUGUACGAUGGAGAGGGCCCGCUCUUCUACAACGACCACUCGGGCCAUAUAAUCGACGACGAUGAACUCAUGCGCUUAACCACCUUCCACAACGUUCUUGUGUGCGGCCACCAGGCGUUCUUCACCGAAGAGGCGUUGAGCGAGAUAGCCGACGGCACGAUUCGUAACUUGGCCGACUUCUUACACGGGAGAAAAUGCGAGAACGGACUUGUUCAGGACCAUGGAAAGGAAGGACUGUCUCUUGUUAGGAAGGACUCCGUCCCAAUCCGGAUUUAGAGGUUCUGGAUUCCAAGUCGUAGGUAGGUUAAAGAUAGAGGGUCAGCGGAGGCAUCCAUGGAUGUGAUGGCUAUUUGCUGUUGAUUAGGUGGGGUCACGGUAAUAAUUGAGAAUAUC